GAAAAUUUGUGUUUAUUCAAUUUUAAAAUCUAACUUAAAGAAAAGUCUGCAUCAUAAGGAUUUACGUCGAUUUCAUUAUUUAAAUAAUACGAGAGAACUGGAUUAAGAAAAGAUUCUGACAAGCCAUUGCAAAACAAGAAGAGCUACUCAAAAAUGUUCGAACUUCAAAAUUUUCUGCCUUCUCCAACAGGCAGGAUGUUUUCUACAAUUUUGACAACCUUGCAAAAAAUAGUCUUCGUACUCUACUUCUGUCUGUUGAUGCUUAACGGAUCUCUAUUCAACUUCUUCAACAAAUUUUUAGCUCCGCCGCAAUCCAAAAAAGGCUGGUUAUCAUUUCUGCUACAUGCAGAAAAGGAUGCUUUUCAAUCUCCUCUAAGUAUCUUCACCAGCCACAGCUGCAUCCGAUCAGUUUUGAUGGAAGACGACUCUAGUGUAGAAAAGGUAUACUCAAGACUGUCGCCAUUUACUCAGUGGCAUUACCUAAUGAUUAUAAGAAGUUCCAAAUUAAUGGCGCCAUUUGCCUAUCAACUGAGUUUAUUUGUUAUACCGAUGCUGUUAGGAAUAGUUUUAACAUCCUUCGUGAAGCUAUUACUGAAAUCUUUUGAUAAUGGCAUCACAACAUGGGACAAAGUUCGGCAGAAGUUCCCUAUUUCACAUUCAACGCCAAUGUUCAUGCCACAAAAAUCUUUGCGUUAUGUAAUCAUCGUGACUGGACUCGUCAUAACCUCCUUGGUAAUGUGCCUAUAUACGAAAACAAUACAAAAUAAUAAUGAAUCCGUGUGCGAAACACCUGCCUGUUUCUACUGCUUUCCGAGGUUCGUGAGGUCAAUAUUCAAAGCCGAAAUCGACGAUUUCCUCUAUACAUCUUUGAGCGUUAUAAACCGUCUUCUGUGUUCUUCUGCAAUAGUCAUAGCCUCGCUGAUGUUGAUUUUUCUUGUGUACGCUGCAACCAUCCUUACCGGAAGCUUAGUGGCCUACAUCUUGUUUGAUGUUAUAUGCAGUUUACGAAAAACAGGAGAUACUAUUACACAGAACGUCUCAGGUAAUUUCUCAGAUUGAAAUCUUAAAGGAGUGCUGAGAUCAAGCAGAAAGGCAAUAUGAAUAAUCGCUUAACUUUUACUAUAACCUGGAAAUAAAAUUUCUGUUGUAACUUUCGUGAAUUUAUGUUCCCUAGAAUGAAAUUUAGU